AUGGCCGCCACGACCGCCAGACCAAGCGUCAUUCCCCAGAAGGAUCUCGAGAGCUUCCAGCAACACCUGAAGAAAUCGACGCGUAUCCUAGCACUUUUGGGCGCCGGUCUGUCAGCCUCUUCUGGCCUGCCUACCUUCAGAGGUGCAGGCGGCCUUUGGAGGACACACGAUGCCACUUCGCUUGCAACACCAGAGGCUUUUAGCCGUGAUCCCGGCCUUGUAUGGCAAUUCUACAGCUAUCGCCGCCACAUGGCUCUCAGUGUCAAGCCUAACUCAGCUCACUAUGCCCUGGCCGAGCUAGCGAGAAGGAAGAACUUCCUCGCCCUAAGCCAGAAUGUUGAUGGUCUCUCACCACGCGCCAAGCAUCCUGCAGAAAAGCUCAAGCUUCUGCAUGGUUCACUCUUCGACGUCAAGUGCUCAGAAUUCUUUUGCGACUACUUCGAGAAGAACAACUACACCGAUCCGAUCGUUCCUGCAUUGGCUAUCCCCACCGAUGAAUCAGACCCAACCACCAAUGCAGCCCUCGCAGCUCGAGAGCUUGAUAUUUCCGAUGCGAAUGUGGCGAUUCCCGAGCUCAAUCCCGAUCACCUACCCAGGUGUCCGAAGUGCAAGCGUGGUCUCCUGCGCCCCGGCGUUGUGUGGUUCAACGAGAGACUACCAAAUGACGUGUUGGAAGACGUUGACGACUGGAUGGACGAAGAUGACAUUGACCUCAUCAUGGUCAUUGGCACAAGCGCGAAGGUCUAUCCUGCCGCUGGCUAUGUCGACAUUGCGCGGCGCAAAGGUGCGCGAGUCGCUGUUAUCAACAUGGACAAGAGCGAUGCUCCAGCCGGCGGCAUGUAUUCACGAGACUGGCUUUUUGAGGGUGACGCUGCACAAAUCGUGCCCAAGCUCCUUAAAAGCGUGAUCGGCGAGGUCAAUACCGAAGAGAUUCCAGACGCUGCGCAGUGA